CUUUCUUCUUGAUUUGUGAUUUUCAAUGUGGGGUUUCUUUAUUUUAAUGAAUGGAGGGUGCAUUGGGGCAUAACCCCACCUUCGAACCCAAAAGUCCAUUUACUCAUUCAUAAUAGCCAUCUCUUUUGGAUUUCCCAUUUCUUGAUUUUGGGAUUUUGAAUAUUUUUGUUUAAUGGGGUUCUUUGAAAAAUUUGCAACUUUUGAAAUCUGAUUUUGUGUCAGAUAAUGGGGAAAUAGAUAGGGAGAAGAAGAAGGAAAUGAACUUUUUGGCUUUGUCAAUUUAGAGGAGACAAUUGUUUAAUACCCAUUAGAUAUCUUUGGAAUGUCAGGGAAAGGUCCAUAGCUUUGUACUAGGCCUGAAAACUUUCCCAGCGAGAGAGAUUUAUUGCAAUGGCCUAAAAUGGGAGGCUCAUCUCAUCACCUCUUUUGCUAGCCUCUGUAGGAAAAAGGGUCUGGCUUCUGGGUAGUUCUUUGGGUUCAGCCCCUUGGUUCUCUUAGAGGAAUUCAUGGCUGUGACAGCUUUGCUGUACCAUUUUCUUUUUUGGGUCUUUGAAUCUCUACCUUAUUACUGGGAGUUAUUUCAUCUGUUCAGUUACAAUGCUUGUAUGCUACAUAAAAGGAAUUGUGAAGAUUUUCUUGCUGACUGGAGGAGACGAAUCAAGGGAGAGGGCUUUCUGGUUUUCCAAGACAAAUCUAUGUAUAAAGUUCAUUGGUUGAUGAUAGAAGAGGAAAGAACAGAGGCAAGCUGGGGUAUUAGGAAGGAGUUGACCAUGGCAUCGACUUCUUUUGCUGGCGGGAAGCAACUGCCAGCAAUUGAAGUGUCUUCUAACUGUGUUCCAUACCCACCACCGCAAACAACAUAUGAUGAUAUCGUAGCCAAUCCGAAGAUCUUUAUGACAUCCUUGGAAAAGCUCCACUCUGUCAUGGGAACCAAGUUCAUGAUCCCCAUUAUUGGUGGGAAAGAACUAGACCUGCAUCGGCUUUUUGUGGAGGUUACUUCUCGUGGUGGCAUCGAGAAGGUUAUAAGAGAGAGAAGAUGGAAAGAAGUAACUUCAGUUUUCAAUUUUCCUUCGACGGCCACCAAUGCAUCUUUUGUGCUGAGGAAGUACUAUCUUUCAUUGCUUCACCAUUUUGAACAGAUUUACUUCUUUAAAGCUGUGGGAUGGACACCACAAAUUUCUGAUUCCUCUACUUGCCCAAGUGCAGCGACAAUUCCUACGCAAGCAAUGACCUCUAUGUUGCCGCCAUCAGAAAAUCAGGCAGCAUCCCAGCAACCAAGGAGUACUGCGACUGAACUUCCAGCAGUUGCUCCAAGUUCGACAUCACCAGCGGGAGGGUUUCCAGUGAUCGGAGUCAUUGACGGAAAAUUUGAUAGUGGAUAUCUUGUUACUGUUACCGUAGGAACGGAGAAGCUAAAAGGUGUGCUUUAUCAGGCUCCUUCUGAGCAACCUUCUGAGCAACAAGUUUUACAGUCUGUCGGUGCUUUUGCCAAAGAUGUUGCUACCUCCACCACACCAAAUGCUCAUCGCCGUCGUCGUCGGAAGAAGUCUGAGAUAAAGCGGAGGGAUCCCGCUCAUCCAAAGCCAAACAGAAGUGGCUACAACUUCUUCUUUGCUGAGCAGCAUGCCCGACUCAAACCGUUAUACCCAGGAAAGGACAGGGAGAUAAGCAGAAUGAUCGGUGAUCUUUGGAAUAAACUAAAAGAAUCUGAAAGAACAGUUUAUCAGGAGAAAGCUAUGAAAGAUAAAGAAAGAUACAGAGUCGAGAUGGAGGAUUACAGAGAGAAGCUGAGAACAGGCCAAAUCAUCAGUGAUGCAGUGCCCUUGCAGCAGCGACUUCCCGAACCAGACCUCAAUAUGGUCUAUGCUGACAAAAACGAAGAAACCGAGGGCGGCGAGUCUCAAACACCAGAUAAUGAUACAAGCUAUGUGGAAGGCGACUCUGGAGAGUAUAAAACGGAAGAGAAGGAGGAGGAGGAGGAAGAAGAAGAGGAAGACUCGGAAGACUCAGAAGAAGAUGCAUCUCCACAAGGAAUUGGUAAUGUGGACGUUAACAUUUUGGCUGAGGAGGAACAGUGCGAGACGAAAACAGCCGAAGAGGAUGCUGUUAGAAAAGAGAGUAGCAUGGUCCGUGACGAUAAAGAAGUUUAUGCUGGGGAUUCAGUAAUGAUGGAGGUGGAGGCAAAGACAGAACCAGAACCAACAACAUCCAUUAGAGAAGAUUAAGAUACUAUACCGCUCAGUUUUUGCAGUGCCUUUUCUUCAAUUUUUUUUCCUUUUUCUCCUUUGUCUCUAGCUUCCAUUCCUUCUAACCUUCCAUUACUUUAGCUAAUACUUGUAAAGUUUUCUGACAGCUGUUGAGAUUCUUAUCAGGGAAAAGUUUUGGAUCUUUCCAUCAGUUCUGUUUUGGGAAGAAAUUUUGUUGCCUUUUGUUGAACAUUUCAACUGAAUUCAUUCCCUGAUUUGUUUACAAGUUAAGGUGGCCAUCAGUUUUCACUACUAUGCCAGCCUUUUAGUUUAA